AUGGACUUCAAGGCCGAGCACGAGGAGAUGGACCAUCUCGACGAGAACAUUGAGCACAAUGCGCGCCUCACGAGGAGAGUUUUGUUCAAGACAGACACACGAGUCCUCCCAUCUCUUGCACUGUUGUUUCUGUGCUCUUUUCUCGACAGGACGAAUGUCGGCAACGCGAAAAUUAUCGGCAUGGAGAAAGAUCUGGGCCUCACCAACCUACAGUACUCCCAGGGCCUGGCCGUCUUCUACGCCACCUACGUCUUUAGCGAGCUACCCAGUAAUCUUGUCCUCAAGAAGGUAUCGCCCAGAAUCUGGCUGCCCACUUUGACAGUGGUCUGGGGAAUCAUUACCAUGUGUCUUGGCUUUGUGCGCAACUUCGCUAGCUUUGCUGCCGUACGAGCUUUGCUAGGUAUCGCAGAAGGCGGGCUACUGCCCGGAAUGGUUCUUUAUCUGUCGAGCAUAUACACACGCGGUGAGCUGGCGUUGCGAAUUGGAAUAUUCUAUACGGCGGCAUCGCUUUCCGGAGCUUUUGGAGGCCUGCUUGCUCGUGGACUUGCUGCCAUCGGCCCGAGAGGCGACCUGGAAGGUUGGCGAUGGAUCCUGAUCAUUGAGGGGCUAAUGACCGUCGCCGCUGGGUCAAUCGUGUUCUUCACCCUGCCGAACAAUUUAACGACAGCACGAUAUUUCACCCCAGAGGAGAGAGAAUGGGCCGUGAAGCGUCUGGAACAAGACCGCGGUACAACCAUUACAUCAGAGCUGGAUGAGAAAUUUAGCUGGGGCGAAGUGCGUCGCGGAGUCUUCAAUGUGCAAGUCUGGCUCACAUCUACGGCCUACUUCGCAAUUCUAUCUGGCCUUUACUCAUUCGGUCUCUUCCUUCCGACCAUUGUCAACGAUCUUCAUAUUGCUUCAAGCCCCAACCAGGCUCAGCUAUGGAGUGUUAUUCCAUACGCUGUUGCUACCCCAGUCACCGGCAAGAGAAUUCUCGUCGCGUUCGUGUCCGAUCGAUCGAAAGUCCGAGGUCUCAUCAUACUUGUCGUUUUGCCAAUUGCCAUAGUUGGCUACGCUGUUAUUGCAAACGUACAGGCAGCCAACACUCGGUUCGCGAUGACGUGUUUGAUGGCCCUAGGUAUGUACGCUUCUGUCCCAUGUAUCUUGGUUUGGAACUCCAACAAUUCCGCCGGCCACUACAAGAGGGCUACUACUUCUGCCUUGCAGCUGGCCGUCGCAAACUGUGGUGGUUUUGUUGCCAGCUUUGUUUAUCCUCAGAAAGACGGCCCAUUAUACCACAGAGGACACAGAGUAAUCUUAGGAUUACUAUGCUAUGCGUGGGUGGCUGUUUUGCUCAAUGUACUUUGGUGUGCAAAGAUCAAUCGGGAUAAGAAGAACGGGAAGCACAACCAAUAUACCGGUUACGGAGAUGAUCGUGACCCAGAGUUCAAACUGGUUAUGUAG